AUGUGCUGUUACGUCAGCGUCAGUUUGACAAGCAUGAGGCGCAUACUCAGUGUGAAUUUAUUAUUGAGGCAGAGCAGUUUAUUCCUUAGAAAACCUCUGUCUCAUGCCUUUCUGACAGCGGGUCAACAACGCGUCUGUGCACGGAAUUUCUGCAGGAAAUCAUCUAGCGAGGACUCAAACAUGGACCUGAGUAACAUGAGGAAGAAAUACAAAGGAGAUGAGGACUGCUUUGAGGAGAGUCAGCUUGUAUCUCUUGACCCGAUCACUCAGUUUGGGAACUGGUUUGAUCAAGCCACAAAGUGCCCUGAAGUUGGAGAGGCAAAUGCUAUGUGCAUCGCCACAGCCACCAAAGAUGGACGCCCGUCUGCUCGUAUGGUGCUCCUGAAAGGUUACAGCAACGAGGGCUUCCGUUUCUUCUCCAACUACGAGAGCAGGAAAGGUUCUGAGCUGGAGAGCAAUCCUUAUGCAUGCUUGGUCUUUUACUGGGAACCCCUUAACAGACAGAUUCGCAUUGAGGGCAAUGUGGAGAGAAUCCCCUUCCAGAGCUCCUGUGACUACUUCCACUCCCGGCCAAAGAGCAGCCAGAUCGGGGCCGUUGUGAGCCGACAAAGCACUUCGGUUCUUAACAGAGAUUAUUUAAGGCAGAAGAAUGCAGAGCUGGAGGAGAAGUACAAAGACACAGAUGUGCCUAUGCCCGAUUACUGGGGUGGCUACAUCGUCAAGCCUUUCCUGAUAGAGUUCUGGCAGGGUCAGACCAACAGGCUGCACGACCGCAUCGUCUUCACCCGGCCGAAAGAGGGAGAGACCGAGCUGGGGGAGUUUCAGCACACUGCAGAGGGAGGCUGGGUGUACCAGCGACUCUCCCCAUGAAAAGUACCUCAACUUAUCAUUCAUGAUAAAAUGUGUUCACCUCACUGGAAGUAAGAGCUCCUCUCUAGGUACUUCAAUGUUGAUUUCAUAGGUGCUACUGUGUGUAGGAUUUAUUUACAAGCAAGCUGUCUUGUGUCUUCUCCUUGUUCUCUUUGUCAGUUCACAUAUUUGAGGUGUGCUGCUCUUACUUUACAACUCAACAUUUUCCUUGUCUUUAUGAAACAAAAACACAAAUUAUGGAUUACAGAAAAAGAGCAAAGUCAACCUGGACGUGCCAAAUAAUGAUUGACAGGAACAUGCUAUGUGUUGUCUUAACGUCGUGAAUACUGUGUCCUAUAUCUUAAAAUGCACAAUCUGUACCAUUGAUGCAACCCUCAAAGUUGCAGUAAUCUUUAAUGCUUAGAUUUUCACAGGUCUGUUCCUAAUAAGUUCGAGGAAAGUUGACAAAAAAUAAAUAAUAUAAUAUGCUAAUUAAAGGGGAAAAUAUAUGUAGGCAGUUAUUGAUGUCUAACAAAUAAAUACACUCAGUGGCCACUUUCACUUACGCCUGACAAUCUAACGCAAUUGAAAAGCGAGCUGCCAAGUCUACUUUUAUGAUGUUUAUAAAGUAGAGAAGUAAUGGAGGCACCACGUAUUUCUUCUAUAUACAUACAUUAACAACUCAAAAUGUACACAUUUUCAUAAAUAGCAUUUUAUGAAAAUGCAUGGCAGAGCUGCAACAUGGAAUUGUGACACAUUGUACAAGCGUACCGAAUAAGGGGGCCUCGGAGUGUAUUCAUUGUUUGUUUGUUUUUUUGUUGUUUUGAUUGUAGGUUUCAUUGUAUCAAACAUCCUCAGCACUUUCUUAAAUUCUUCAAUUGAUUAUUUUUAUAAAAUAAUUGGAAGUGUAUCGGACAACUGCCUACAUUUUUCCUUCUAAUAAGUAUUAUAUAUGAGACACCAUAUGAAUUAACAAGCAUCUAUCUGUGUUUUUCUAGGGAAUAAGAGGGAACUAUAGGGCUUGUAAAAUACAGUGUAACUACUUAGAGUUUGAUUCAUUAUAAAUAGCAGCAAUCAGACAGUGGGUCUAACUGCCUUUUAACAAUGAGAUUAAAAGAGCUGACGAUUUGAAUUGUGCCAAUUAUCGUGUGUAUCAUGUACAUGUUGCGCUAUGUGAGAGUUAUACUGGUGUUUAUUGUUUACUGAUGGAAGAUGAGAAUGUUAUUUUGAAUUGAUAGAAAAGCCAGUAAUAAAGUUUAAUUUGUA